CUUUCGUUUCAGCCAUGCAUGAUAAUACAGACUAAUUCAAUCACAGAGUAUUCAGGUCACUCGGAAAUUUCCUCAUCAACUUUACCCGAUCGAUGAUAAUACUGUUGACUUGAAUGAUUGUUCCCCAUCGCUAGCUCUUGCACUUGCUAGCUAGAUAGCUUUCCAUCAAUCCAUCUACGCCAAACCAAAACCAAAACCAGAAACAAAAAACAAAUACCCUCCACUUAAAUUAAAUACUACCAUUACCAAUGUCGUUCCAGUUUCGGAAACCAGUUCCUGUGUCCACAAGCACUUCUUCUGAUUCUAUAUUACCAAUUCCGAAUCCAUUUCCUCUGUCCACAAGCACUUCUUCUGAUUCUGGUUCUGAUAAAAUUCAUUAUAAAUUGAUGAGCCAUUCUGGACCUGAUUAUGACGAACUAAUCAUUCCUCUUUCACUGUACGCUUUCAACCGACUAUCCCCUAGUGAUCAAAAAAAGCAACUGGAAGAAAUCCGCAGGCGCCACCAUGAAGAAAGUGAUUUUACAGAAUUAUUCAAGAAAUUAAAGUACGGUGAUCAGCUGGAGCUCCUAUCUGAAGUUUUGCAGAAACUCAAGUGUGAAAGGCUAAUACCUUCAUUCAAGCAACUAGACGCGGAGCAUCAGCAACAAGUGAUUCAACAACUGGCUCGUGUUACCCCAUCCUCAUCCCGCUUGAGGGAGCAGCUCGCAGCGAUUCGCCGACGAUUCCAGAGCGGCGCCAUCAAGCUUCCUCUAUAUCAGCACCGUCGAUCCGAGCCACAAAUCCACGAGUAGCGACGCCAUGAUCGAGCGGAGCAACGGCGGAAGUGAACCGAUUGCUGUACUGGAAACUCAACUCGAUCAAGAGAUCGGAUCUGUAUAGGUCGAGUCCCGAGUUGUAGCUACUUCUCCCGAUCCCAAAGUUGCCACCGCCUCAGAACCUCGAUUCGUUGUCGCCGAUGACAUCUUGCCGUCGCCAGCAGGUUCUUAAACUUGAUUGAAUUUCUGGUUUCAUUAUCUCUCUUCAAUUCGGUACAAUUAGCUCAGUCCAGUGACCUGCCAUGGCCAAUAUGACUGCAGCAUGGUCUCCAAGCUCGCUCCAGCUUCGUUGGGCUCUGAAUUCCGAUAAUUGCAGUAAACCUUCGCCCAAUUUUGGUGAGGAUGCGUCGGGUUCGAGUGCUAUGUGUUGCUCCGGACAUAGGGAGGAGUGAUGGGCUCUGUGUUGCUUCGUUGAGCUCUAUCUUCCAAGGUUGCCACGAAUGACACCGCCACCACCAACCCUGCAGACCGCCACCGUUGCUACUACCCCGAGUUCACGGUCACAGCGCGGCCGCAAUGGGAGUUCUUGGGUCGAAUCCAAGCCGAGUACUACUGAUGAGUUAUCCUGGUGGUCCGAUUUGGAAGAGAGCGCGAUCGAUGAAGUCAACGAAGAAUUCAGCCUGGGCCUGUGUCGGGUGGAGAUCGAAUUUGGGGGCUGGAAGGAAGAGGUGGUAGGAGAAGUUCAAGGAGGGAACGAGGGACCAGAGGGGUCGCUAUUUACCGGAGAUGAGAGAGGUGUUGAUGGCGUCGAGGGUAGGGAGGAAGGAGAGGAUAUGGAGGAGGAUAUCUUCUGGGAGGUCGUUGAGGCUCCGGUUCGGGUUGCGGAAGAGUCGAUCUCGUUGGAUUUCGAUUUCGACUUUUGGGCUUGUAGAUCUGUGUGUGUGUGUGUGUGUGUGUGUGUGUGAGAGAGAGAGAGAGAGAGAGAGACCUCCGAAAGUGAAGAGAGGGUUUUUUUUUGUUUUAGUUUUUGUUUGGUCAUGAAAUGACCUUUUUAGCCCUCCAAGUGGGCCCUAUUAUUUUAGUUAACGUCCAAUUUGGACGAAAUCUAAGAGAUAGGAUACGGUUGACUGAAAUUGGAAGGCUUGGGGGGUAAAAAUUCAAAAUUGAUAGGAGAGGGGGUGACAUGAUGACACCCUCAAAUCUCAAGGAGGUAAACUGAAAUUAAUCCAAUAAAAAUCAUAUUCACUUGCCUCUACAGGGGCGGAUCUAUGUACGUGGCUGAUUGGGCCACCCAAAAUUCCUUGAAUAUAUGAUCAAUUAUAAGUGCCACGAUUCCACAUAACCAUGUCUGGUUCAGUCGGCAAAGAGACUCAUUACUUCCCAAGUAACCUUGGUUCGAAUCCUGUUGAACACCUAUCCUCCCUAGUAGGAACUAUGUAUUGUGCCAUUCUGGCCUGUGUUACUAUGAAUGAAACCAUUAUUUAACU